GAAGAUGUAACACUGCAAUACCAAAAACACAUAGUCAUGUAGAACUACAAAUCAUUCUCCAUUCAUGCAGCAAAUAAUAUCUUGUAUUUCCAAACACGCUCCAGAUCCUAGAUCAAAGGUUAAAUGUGCUUUAUUUGUUGAAUGCCAUCCAAUAUGUAUAUUAACGAGCUGGCAGAGUGCAGAAAACUGCCUUCUGCAUAUGAAGUACUUCCAAAAGGUAAUAACUCUUUCCCAGGUGUCAUUGUAAAAGAAGGCUAAAUGCGUUGGCACACUGUUGGUGAGCAAAAAACUCCUCCAAAAAAAAAUGGUUUUUUAAAAUUAUUUUUGUAGAACAAAAGCCUUGUCUGAAAACAGCCAUAGUCCCAAUCCCUUUUAUUUUUUAUUUAAAUGCUCAGAAAGUAAAUUAAUCACCAUCACUGUAAAACCCUAAGAGUGGCUGAGCUCUGUGCAGAGGCUGUCUGCAGAGUGUUGGUCUCUGCAGAGGAGAGAGGGUUAAGAACACCCAGUUGAAUGGGGGAGGGUACGGACUUCAGAUUUACUUAAAUAUUCAUGGGGCUUCCUCCAUUUUAAUCUUCUCCUUUUAAAAAGAUGGCUGUGUUUCCCAGCCUGGCAACCCCUCAGGAAAGAAGAAUUGCUCCUUCCUUGCAGAGUUCAGCUGAGCAGGAGUAAGCGAGGGUGGAAACCCCUGCGGCCACUAGGACUAUUCAUAAUUUAUAAGGGCUGCACACCAGCCAGCUGAAUCCACUCGGACAGGCUCUUGUUCCUGCAAUUCCUGAUUUCAUUCCUCUCUCUGCCAGAAAAGAAGCUAGAGGCACAGGCUCCUUUCGAGAAUGGAGUGCGAAGAUGGGCUUUGUUUGGAUUAGGAAAUGCCUUAAGUUUUGGAGGCUUUGUCUUGUAUAAGUUUUGGUUAUUUUAGCACCGAAUGUGCAAGGCUUUCCUGAUUGCUAUCUCAGAACUGUGAAUUCUUUCAAAGGGGAUCUGUGGAUUGUGGCAAGGAGAGCAUUCCAAAAUGCCUGAGGCAAACUAUUUGUUAUCUGUAUCUUGGGGUUACAUCAAGUUCAAAAGGAUGCUGAACCGGGAGCUGACACAUCUCUCAGAAAUGAGCCGCUCAGGGAACCAGGUGUCUGAAUACAUUUCAAAUACUUUCUUAGACAAGCAGAAUGAUGUGGAGAUUCCAUCUCCCACCCAGAAGGACAGAGAGAAAAAGAAAAAGCAGCAGCUCAUGACACAGAUAAGCGGAGUGAAGAAACUGAUGCAUAGUUCAAGCUUAAACAAUACAAGCAUCUCACGCUUUGGAGUCAACACAGAAAAUGAAGAUCAUCUAGCCAAGGAGCUGGAAGACCUGAACAAAUGGGGCCUUAACAUCUUCAAUGUGGCUGGAUAUUCACACAAUAGGCCCCUAACGUGCAUCAUGUAUGCCAUAUUCCAGGAAAGAGACCUCCUGAAGACAUUCAAAAUCUCCUCGGAUACAUUUGUAACCUACAUGAUGACUUUAGAAGACCAUUACCAUUCUGACGUGGCAUAUCAUAACAGCCUACAUGCUGCUGAUGUAGCCCAGUCAACCCAUGUUCUCCUUUCAACACCAGCAUUAGAUGCCGUCUUCACAGAUUUGGAAAUCCUGGCCGCCAUUUUUGCAGCUGCUAUCCAUGACGUGGAUCAUCCUGGAGUCUCCAACCAGUUCCUCAUCAACACAAAUUCAGAACUUGCUUUGAUGUAUAAUGACGAAUCUGUGUUGGAAAACCAUCAUCUGGCCGUGGGUUUCAAACUGCUGCAAGAAGAGCACUGUGACAUCUUUCAGAAUCUCACCAAGAAGCAGCGGCAGACACUCCGGAAGAUGGUUAUCGACAUGGUGUUAGCAACUGAUAUGUCCAAACAUAUGAGCCUGCUGGCAGACCUGAAGACAAUGGUAGAAACAAAGAAAGUGACAAGCUCAGGCGUGCUUCUGCUGGACAACUAUACAGAUCGUAUACAGGUCCUUCGGAACAUGGUACACUGUGCAGACCUGAGCAACCCCACCAAGUCCUUGGAAUUGUAUCGGCAAUGGACAGACCGCAUCAUGGAGGAAUUUUUCCAGCAGGGAGACAAAGAGCGGGAGAGGGGAAUGGAGAUUAGCCCAAUGUGUGAUAAGCACACAGCUUCUGUGGAAAAAUCCCAGGUUGGUUUCAUUGACUACAUUGUCCAUCCCCUGUGGGAGACCUGGGCAGAUCUGGUACAGCCUGAUGCGCAGGACAUUCUGGACACAUUAGAAGAUAACAGGAACUGGUAUCAGAGCAUGAUACCCCAGAGUCCCUCCCCACCGCUGGAUGAGCCGAACAGAGACUGCCAGGGGCUGAUGGAGAAGUUUCAGUUUGAACUGACCCUGGAAGAGGAGGAUAUGGAAGGACCUGAGAAAGAGGGAGAGGGCCACAGCUAUUUCAGCAGCACAAAGACGCUUUGUGUGAUCGACCCAGAAAGCAGGGAUUCACUGGGAGAGACUGAUGUCGACAACGCCGCAGAGGACAAGUCCCCGGUCGACACAUAAUCUCCCUCUCUGUGUGGAGGCGAACAUUCCACCCUUGACAAGCAUGCCAGCUGUAUGGUAGGGCCAGCCCACCACGGGGGCUGAGGCCUGCACAGGACAUGGGCCAUGUGGCUUUUCCAGUUACUUGAGUUUGGAGCCAGAGUACAAGACCGUGAAGCAAAUAGCAGCUCAGGAAAUUCCACGGUUGACUUGCCUUGCCUGCAAGCUGGGUGGAGAGCUGAUGCUUUAUGUGGUACUGGAGGCCAAGCUCAGAUCACGACUCAAUGGCUUGAACAUAGAAGACACAAAACUGAGAGAUUUUUCUGCACUAAAUUUCGGGGAAUCUUUCCCCUCUAGUGACUGAACUGACUAAUAUGUUCAUUUAUAAAUCUGCUCACCUGUCCCUCUGUCUGCCAACCUGUGUGCCUUUUUUGUAAAACAUUUUCACGUCUUUCAAAAUGCCUGUUGAUUACCUAGAGUGUAGUGUCAACUUCUACACACAUAAGCAUUCGAAGUUGAUACAAACUUUUUUGACUCUUUCUCGGAAAAAAAAUAGAAAAGAAAAGAAAAUGGUCUUCCUUCCUUCUUGGGCAAUAUCUCUCACUUCACUACAGUUACUUUUACAAUUAGAAAGAAUACGCUUCUAACCACAUUCUACUUCCUUCCCCUGCUGUCCCUUCCAACUCCACGGUUGCCCUUACAACAUAUCUCUGGUUGCCCGCUCUGAACAGUAUUUUUUCUCCUCUGGAGUUUUACGUUUUUGCUGUUAACAGGAUAAAGUUGAACAAACUAAGGGGUAGGAAGAGGUAGUUGUGUUGCUCACAGUAACAGUCUGUGUAAAAUUCAGCGUGCUAAGGCAGUAUGUCCAGUUGUGUCCUGAAUCCCUGUGCCACCGGGAAUCACACGGCCCCGUCCUGUCCCCUCCCUCCUCUCUUCACUCUCGCGCCCAAUUAUGCCAUUUCGAUUCAAUGCUGCCGUCUCUCUGCACUGCCUUCUGCGCUAACACCCCCAAUUUCUGGUUAUAACCGUGUAUUUAUUACUGAAUGUACAUAAUGUAAUGUUUUGUAAGUUAUUAAUUUAUAUCUCUAACAUUGCCUGCCAAUGGUGGUGUUACAUUUGUGUAGAAAACUCUGCCUAAGAGUUGCAACUUUACUUGUAACGUUUUGUAUUGUGUAUUAUAUAACCUGUUCAUCGCUAAGAGAGACAUACGGCCCGGGCGCUCGCCAGUGGGGACACGGGUGGGCUUCUACCCCGAGGGUCUGCCCUUUCCCUGUCUGAGUCGCUAAUACUCCGCAGCCCCUGUACCAACCCAUUUUGGAAACAAGAUUCUCACAUUAGAUACUAAAUGGUUUAUACUGAGCUUUUACUUUUGUAUAGUUUGAUAGGGGUAGGGGGCAACAGGAUGUGGUUUUCACCCACGUCCUCUCCAAAUCUGUGUACGCAUGAGUUGGGUUAUAACUGGGCUCUACUGCCACUGUGGCUUCGGGUUAAAAGGCAACACUACGUUCGCGCACAGAGGGUCCUUCCGAGUGUUCCCAAACUACUGACGUCGGGAAGAAAGCCUCCUGCCUGCCCGUCUGCGGGCAUGUCGUGUUCCCAUUAAUGACAAAAAGAAAACAAUAAAAAAUGUGAAUUUUAUAAUAAAAUGUGAACCGAUGUAGUAAAUUAUGCAAAUGUGAAGCUUCUGAUAACACUUGUGUAGGCCUCUUACUGGCUUCAGUCUCCGUUUGUAAAAUAUAUUUCAUGCUUUCAGUUCAGCAUUGUGACUCAUAGUUAAAGAAACGGCACAACGGUGCAUGACCAAUGGGUUUGUAUGUCUAUGAACACUGCAUUAUUUCAGGUGGACAUUUUAUUGUUUUCAAAAGUUUCUCACAAUGUAUGUUAUAGUACUAUUAUUAUUAUAUAUUGUGUUCACAUGCAUUCUUAAGAAACUUUUCUAUGAGGUGAAUAAACAAAAGCAUGAUUAGA